AACACCAACGCGAUGCGGAUAUAUUGGCUAACAAGUUCUUUCAUGUUGCUUAAUUGCAAUAAAAACAUAUUACGGCCAACAGGUGCACAUCGUAAUUUAUCCGCCACAGUGCAGACCAAUGGAGAAAAUACACAAGUGACACCGCCGCCGCCAGUCGGCGUCGAAAACAACAACAAAAAUCCACAACAGCAGCGAUCGCUUCACAUAGCCGUAAUCGGGGUACCAAAUGUGGGAAAGAGCACCUUCAUCAACAACAUUAUUAAUCACAAAGUAUGCCCCACCUCGGCCAAGGUGCAUACAACCCGCAAAGCGAACACCGCAAUUCUUACGACGGGCCAGACGCAGCUCGUCUUCUACGAUACGCCCGGACUGGUGACACAGAACGAGAUACGCAAACAUCAUUUAGAGCAGAGCUUCAAGAGCGCCUAUCGCCAUGCCAUUCAACAUGCGGAUAUUAUAGCUGUUAUGCAGGAUGCCUCCAACAGCUGGACGCGUAAGGAGUUGCAUCCCACAGUGCUUGACACGCUGAAGGCUUAUGCCCAGCUGCCCAGUUUCCUGGUACUUAACAAAGUUGAUGCCUUAAAAUCAAAGCGUGUGCUCUUGGAUCUAAUCAAGACACUGACGAAUGAUACACUCAAUGGCAAGCGUCCAAGCAAAAAAGUUGACUUGCCCAACAAGGAAGAACAGGUGACGGCGGGCCAUCCAUUGAACAAGCGUGAAACUAGCUGGAACCAUUUUAGCGAUGUAUUCCUGGUAUCCUCAAUAACAGGCAGUGGCCUGCAAGAGCUGCAGGACUAUUUGAUUAGCGCCGCCAAGCCAAGAGACUGGCGUUACGCUUCCAACGUCUACACGGAUGAAAAGCCCGAGUCGUUAAUUGUGGAAAGUGUGCGCGCACGUUUGCUCGACUACCUGCCGCAGGAGAUACCCUAUAAUUUGAAAUGCGAGCUGGAAUACUACAAUGUGGAGAAGCAUGUUGUCUACACCUCGGUAGUGGUGCAGUGUCCUACGCCGCGAAUUGAGCGCCUGAUCUGUGGUGAAUCGAAUGGAAAAUUGCGCCAGAUAACCGAGCGUGUGACUUCGGAUUUGGUGGAAAUGUUUGGUCAAGCCGUGUCAUUAACCAUAUCCACAAUGUCCGGCGGCAAGAAGGCGGUAUAAUUGUUCCAAAUCGGGUUUGUUGUUUCCUUCCUUCACUAAGUACAAUAUUAAAACAAAAAAUA